AUGGCCUCGUACGAGAGAUAUGGAUACGGGAGCGCUGGGUUCUUCGAGGUCGUGCAGGGCCUCCACCCGCGCGGAAUCCCCAAGUCCGAGGCCAGGGGUGGAGCCGGUGUCGCCGUGAAGAAGGUGAAGAAGUAUCUCGCCAAGAUGGACAGGGCGGUGGAUUUCGACUUCUACGACGACGACGACCUCCGCUACGUCCGCUUCAAGUCGCCCUUCGACCGCCGCCCCCUCAUCGGCCGCCGUCCGCACCCCGGGAAGAACGCGGGGAAGCGCACCCUCCGCCUCGUCGGGAGCAGCAGCCCGGACUACAUGCGACAAUGUGAAGAGGCUGCAUUUGGCGAUUUCAAUGACUGGGAAGACGAGGAGUACGAGGGCUAUAAGGUUGUGAAGAUGUGA